GCAGGGGAGGUGAGUUCCUUCAUGGAGGGGGUGCGUGCGUCUGUAGGGGGCGUGGAGGGGGGCGCGGGGGUCGUGGGGCUCAUGGAGGAGGUGCAUCACGUCCUGGGGAAGCUGCGGGGGGAGGCCGGCCAGGGGGGCCAGGCCGGGGGGCAGCUAAUCCCCCUGAUAGACGGCCUUCACACCGCCCUCGGGGGGGCACUGGGGGGCGGGGGCACUGCUAACCACGUACUGGGGGGCGAGGAGGAGGAUAAGGAUGAUGACGAGGAGGAGCAGGAGGAAGGAGAGGCGGAGGAGGAGGAGGAGGAGGAGGAGGAGGAGGAGGACGCUGAUGAUGAAGAUGAGGUAGAGACAGAAGAUGCAGACGAUGAGGAAGAGAUGGGCCGCGAUGACGACGAGGAGGAAGAAGAGGAAGACAACGACGAGGAGGAGGAGGAGGACACGGAGGAGCCGGUGACGGUGGUGGAGCGGGGCCUGGCCGGGGCCGGGGCCGAGGCGUCCCCCCCGUCGUGCCCCGACAGCCCCGGAGGCGGCGUGGUGACGGGCGGCCUCCAGUUCAGCGUGGACCUGCGGGAGGCGCGCGGCGUGGUGCUGCGCGUGGACGACGUGCGCGGCGGGCGCGAAGGGCACGAGGAGGCGCGGGGCGUGCUGAGCCACGCCCUCACGCGCUGCCUGUCCCGUGAGGAGGCGGGCGAGGGCGAGGCGGCGCGCGAGGCCACGCCCCCCGAGGCGCGGCGGCGGGAGCGGCGAGACAACCCGCACAGCGUGCCCUGGAAGAUCCGCGCCGCCAAGAAGCGCCUCGAGACUUCGGCGGCGGCGCAGCAGGACACAGCCGCGCCGCCAGCCGGCGACUCCUUCGCGCGACUGGCGCGAGCCGGGCUGGCCAGCCGCCGGCACAAGUCCUACAACGACCUGUGGAACGCCACGGCCAGGCCCUUCACGCGCGCCGCGCCGCCCGCACACAGUCGCUCCAUGGGCGCCCUGGCGGACCUGGGCCGCGAGUGGCCGCCGCUGGAGGCCGCCAGCUCCCUGGACCACGGCCUGCACUCCGCCGCCGCCGCCGCCGCCGCCAGCAGCCUCAGCACCGCCGGGUCCCGCGGCAGCGACCGGAGCGACUCCGAAGACGACGAGGACGAGGACGAGGACGAGGACGAGGGGCAGGUGUUCUCGCUGCGGCUGUACGACGAGGCGCGGCUGCGGGGCGCCAAGGCGUCGACGACGGUAUCAGCCCCGGUCCCCGCCCCGCUGGCCGCCAGCCGCCAGCCGCCCCGCGAGGCGCCCACGGCGGCGGGCUUCAUGUUCCACCCGCCGGCAGUGGCGCGCCUCCACGGCCACGGCCUCUCCCGCUCCAGGUCCACGCCCGUGGCGGCCUCGGCGGCGUGGGUGACGGGGCCGCCCAGCCAGGCCCCGCCGCCCCUCCCCCCCCCGGAGCCGCCCGCCGUCCUCAGCCGCACCAAGAGUGCCGACAUACUGGGCCCCGGCCAGCCCCAGCCCCGCCCCGAGGCCCCGCAGGCUCUGGAGAGGGAGGAGGCCCCGCGGCAGGCUGAGGGCGGCGCCGGGCAGCCGUUCACGCCGCAGAUGCUGGUGAAGAUGGCGGUGACCAAGGCGGCGCUCACCAAGCAGCUCAGCGUCGGGGGCGAGGCGCCCCGCAGCGCCCCGCCCCUGCCCUGGGUCGCCGCCACGGAGGGCCGUCAGCGCCGCGCCCCCACUCCCCCAUGGGCCGCCGCCGGGGUGGGGGAGCCUCCCCCGCCGCCCCUGCCUCGCCCCAUCCUGCGCCGCCACCACACAGUGGGGGGCGCCGAGCUGCCGCAGCCCCCGCCCCCCCAGGACGCCGAGCAACGGCGCCCGGUCUGGGCCGGCCUCUACCAGCACGCCAGGCACCAGCAGGCGGUGAAGCAGCACGACGAGGGCCCGCAGCAGCAGCACCAGCAGCAGGCCGCGCGGCAGGACGAGCUGCUGAGGAGGCAGGAGGAAGUGAGGAGGCAGGAAGAGACGCGGAGGCAAGAAGAGCAGAGGCGGCAGGAGGAGACGAGGCGGCAAGAAGAGGCCAAGAGGCAGAAGGACGCAAAGAGGCAGGAGGCGGCGAAGAAGAAGCUGCUGAGACAACAGCAGGAGCAGCAGCAGGAGGCCCUGAGGCAGCAGCAAGAGGAGGCACGGAGGCGGGAAGAGGAGCAGCGCCAUCAGGAGCUGCUGAGGCAGCAGGAGGCGGAGCGCCAGCAGGAACUACAAAGACAGCAGCUGCUGCAAAGACAUCGGGAGGCGGAGCGGCAGCAGGAGCUCCAGAGGCAGCAGGAACAGCAGAGGCAACAGGAACUACAGAGGCAGCAGGAGUAUCAGCGUCAGGAGGAGGCACAGAGACAGCAGGAACUCCAGCGGCAGCAGGAGCUCCUGUGGCAGCAGGAUCUGCAGCGCCAGCAGGAGUUACAGCGUCAGCAGGAGGAGCUGCGGCGCCAGCAGGAGGAGCUGCAGCAACAGAUCCUGAAGCAGCAGGAGCAGAUCCGGCUGCAGCAGGAGAUGAUCCGCCAGCAGCAGGAGCAGCUGAAGCAGCAGACUGUGCUGGCGGCGGCCCCGAGCCCCGCCCCGCCCCGCCCCGUGCAGCUUCAGCCCAGCAUGGAGGACGCCGCGGUCCCCGGCCCUGCCCCGCCCCGCCCCGUGCAGCUCCAGCCCAGCGUGGAGGACGCCGCGGUCCCCGGCCCUGCCCCGCCCCGCCCCGUGCAGCUUCAGCCCAGCGUGGAGGACGCCGCGGUCCCCGGCCCUACCCCGCCCCGCCCCGUGCAGCGCCAGGCCAGCGUGGAGGAGGCGGCAGGCACCCUGGCGGCGGCGCUGGCCAUGCGGCAGUCACGGGAGGACUUGCGGCGCCGCAGCUUGACCGGCGCGGGGCCCGCCGGCGGCAGCCAGGGCUCGCUGCCCCCCGACCUCGAGUGCGACCAGGACGCCGAACCGGACGCCAACGACGACGAGGUGUUCGGCGCGCCGCCGCCACCGCCGCCGGCGGCCGCGCGCCGCCCCCAGGCCCCCGCGGCGCCGCCCGCCAUGGACCGCGCCAAGAGCGGCUCCGUGCCGGCGCUGCCGGAGUCCGUGGCCGCGGCCCCGCCCAAGAGCCACGUGCUGGCCAUCACCAAGAACUUCUCGCUGGACCAGCCCGGCGUGGGCGUGGCCGCGGCGGGGAGCAGCGGCAGUCUGUCCUCGCUGCCCGAGUCCCCGCAGCCCGGGGCGGCGCGCCGCGCGGCCUGGGCGGCGCGCUCCGCCUCCCUCUCCGAGGCCGACAAGCCAAAGAGUUCCUCCGUCACCUGCCUGGCCGGGGCCGCCGCCCCCUCGCCGCCUCGGCCCGCCUUGGGGGGCGGCUUCUCCCCCGCUACUCGCGGCGCCGUGCGGGCCAAGAGCAGCUCCGUCUCUGCCCUGCAGGACGCCCCGCCCACCCGCGCCCCGCCGCUCCUCGGCUUGCAGCAGGCCGCCCUCACCACUGUUUCUCAGUCACUCAAGAACCUUGGCGCGGACAGGGCGGGGGGCGCCGCGCCUGUGCCCGGCAGGGUGGGCUGUGCCCCUGGAGGCGUGGUGCGCGUGAAGGCCGGCGAGUACGUGGUGCCGCCGCUGCCCACCACGGCGGCGCGGCAGCAGCAGCUGAGGGAGCAGCAGCAGCAGCAGGUGUCCCGCUGGGGCAGCGUCCCGGACACCAGCACGCGCCCCGCCGCGCCGCCCUCCGCCGCCGUCUUCCCGGGGCAGCGCGGCGUGGCCCGAUGGAACAGCGUGCCGGACUCAGUGUCUCAGGGACCCGGCAUCCCCGCGGGGCGCCCUCGCCUGGGCUCAGCAGGUGAUAAGGGCACAGUCUCGCCCUUCGGAGCCUCCACAGAGCUGAGCACCGGCCAAGGCUCCUCCACCCAAAAGUCCUUUUCUAGCAGCUUCUCCACCUCCUCCUCCACCUCCUCCUCCACCAGAGCUUCCCAAUUCUCCAAAACUGAGAGCAAGACAGUCUCCCCCUUCGAGAAGUUUAAGAAAUUAGACUCCAAGCAGUCUCCCCGCCCCGCCAA